GUAAUUGCCCUAGUACCCUUAAUGAUAAGUGAUCCGAGAUAAAAUGAAAAACUGGUGCCCCUUUUGUCAAGAAUGGGCACAUUUAGGUUCAAUUUCAUCUGAUAUUUUCCUAUUCUACAACCAAUGGAUAUGUGCACCAAACUUCAACAGGAAAAGGAAAAAUCAUUGCAAGUAGUUUGAUACCAUCACAUUAUAAAAUGGCAUGAGGUACAUCUGUUUGGUGAAGACUUAAGCAGAUGAGCAAAAGAUACUUGUCCAUCCUUGUAAAUAACCAAUUCUGCAGCUAGCUGCUUCGUCUAGCCGAACAAGUUACCUCCAGUCGGUCGGUGUGCAAGGCUGCAAGCAUCGGUUACUCACUAUUCUAAUGCAUGCGCUGCUACCUAAACCAAAGAUUUCAACAUGAGCAAGAGCAUACCUGCAAGGCUAAAACCGCAUCUUCCUCCUCAUAAAUCUUCAGCAACAAGGGUCAUAUCAGGUGAGGUGGGAUGAAUCGCUUGCUUGCAAGAAACAUGCAUGGCUAGGUAGCGAUCGAUCGGUAUAUAUAAAAGGUGUCCAUUUGUUUCCGGCAGUCCCAUGACAAGAAGCAGCGCUGAUUAAUCCGUCGCCAUGGAUUCAGAGCUCUCAAUAGUGCUCUUCUUGUUGAUAGUUUUUGCAGCGUGUUGUUGCUCUUCUUCUAGCGCCACCUACCACCAUGACCCCGCGGUCGUCGGCUACUCGCAGGAGGACGUCGCGCUGCCGAGCAGGAUCCUCGAGCUCUUCAGCUCGUGGUCGGUGAAGCACAGCAAGGUCUACGUGACCCCGAAGGAGAAGGUGCGGCGGUACGAGGUGUUCCGGCAGAACCUGAAGCACAUCGUGGAGACCAACAGGAGGAACGGGAGCUACUGGCUGGGCCUGAACCAGUUCGCCGACGUCGCCCACGAGGAGUUCAAGGCCGGCUACCUUGGGCUGAGCACCGGCUUGGCCGGCGCCGGCGGGCGGCCGCGCGCUCCGACGACGGCAUUCAGGUACGAGGCCGCCGUGGACCUGCCCUGGGAGGUGGACUGGCGGAAGAAGGGGGCCGUGACGCCGGUCAAGAACCAGGGGAGAUGCGGAAGCUGCUGGGCCUUCUCGACGGUGGCGGCGGUGGAAGGGAUAAACCAGAUGGUGACGGGCAGGCUGGAGUCGCUGUCGGAGCAGGAGCUGAUGGACUGCGACAGCACCUUGGACCACGGCUGUGGAGGGGGACUCAUGGACUUCGCCUACGCCUACAUUGUGGGGAACCAGGGGAUCCACACCGACGCCGACUACCCCUACCUCAUGGAGGAGGGCGACUGCAAGGAGAAGCAGCCCCACUCCAAGGUCGUCACCAUCAGCGGCUACGAGGACGUGCCGGAGAACAGCGAGGUGAGCCUGCUGAAGGCGCUGGCGCACCAGCCCGUCAGCGUGGGCAUCGCUGCGGGGAGCAGGGACUUCCAGUUCUACAAAGGGGGGGUGUUUGAAGGAACCUGUGGCACCCAACUGGACCAUGCGCUGACGGCCGUCGGAUACGGCUCAUCCAACGGCCAUGACUACAUCGUCAUGAAGAACUCGUGGGGCGGGGGCUGGGGCGAGCAAGGGUACUUCAGGAUCAAGAGGGGCACCGGGAGGCCCGAGGGCGUCUGUGACAUCUACAGGAUCGCCUCGUACCCUACCAAGAACAACGGCACGGGCUGGGGGUGGGGGGCCUGAAACUCCUUCGUUCGUUCCAAGUGCUACUGUGCUAGCACGUGGAUGCAACAUCGCCUCUUUUUUUUUCUUGAACACGAAGCAACAGCAGUCAAACAAGUUAGGCGGUCUGUAAAUUAUUUGGCUCCGGUGAGAAAAUCUGGUUGUUCGUCGGCAGUUCAGUUCAGUUGUUGUAUUUCUCUUCUGUUUCUGGCAAACACAGUGGGGAAAAAGGGAGGGGGCAAUGUCGAUUGAGCCUGUCGGAUGCAGACAUCCAUGUGUGACUGACACCAACCUCUCGCAACUCGCAAGUCCCGCGCCGUCCAGCGCAGGAGGGGGCGAGUAGGACAGGAACAUACAGUAUAAAGAUAUGGUUUGUCAGAAGUGAACAUCAAAGGUCCUAUGGUCUAGUGGUUAGGACAUUGGACUCUGAAUCCAGUAACCCGAGUUCAAGUCUCGGUAGGACCUUGUUUUUUUAUCUUUUGUUGUUGUUGCACACGACUACUUCUUGCAUGGUAGCGGUAAUUGCUGAGGUAUUGAGCCCAGCAGCCCAAAACCUAUGUGCUAUAAAAAAUAUGUUAAAACGUUUCCUUUCA